UGAUUGCCGAGGAAACCUAAAUCCCUGGGAACAGCCCAAUCAAUGUACACGAAGUAUGGGGUCUGCUCUUUAUGCAGCUCUGCGAUCUACUUCGCCAUCACACCGGUUCGUCUUUACCUCUUUGUUCUAAUUUGCCCGGUCACAGUAGUUUCCCUUUCAGGCUUGCAGGCUCGGUUGAAGAUGAAGUGUGGGAAGGGUAGUGGAGGUGUGGGUAAAUCCCCUGGUUUAAAGAGAAGUUUGUCCGGCUUCUCGGGUUGCCAGAAAAAAUUAUCUUAAAAAAAAGAAAGCACUUCACUGUAUAUUUUGUCUAUGCCUACAUUUCUUAUAUACUCUAAACCAUGAGCGAAGCCGCAUGCACAAAGAUCGCCGUCAUCACCGGCGGGACCAGCGGAAUAGGGCAUGCCGUGGCCAUAGCUCUCUCCCAGCGUCCUGGUUGGCAAGUCUACAUCCUCGGUUCAACCAAAGAACGCGGUCGCAAAGCCGUCGAGGGCCAGUACGAUAUUUACUUCCACAAAGCCAACGUCAGCCAGUACCAGGAGCUGGCGUCGGCAUUCCACGAGAUCCAUGGCAAGCAUGGCCGUUUGGACUUUGUCUUUGCCAAUGCCGCUACGACUGAGAGCUGCAAUAUUCUUCAAGCCGAGGGGGCGGAUGCAAAUACUCCCCCUCCGGAGCCGAAUUUGACGACUGUCGAUGUUAAUGUCAAGGGUGUGAUAUAUACCAGUUAUCUGGCUACACAUUAUUUCCGGUUGUCGCCUCAUAAGGGGAAAGAUGCGAGUUUGGUCAUCACUGGGAGCUGUGGGUCUUUGUAUCCGUUCAAGCCGACCCCUAUGUAUUGCGGGACGAAACAUAAUAUCCUCGGCUUCAUGCGCUCCAUUGCUAUGCGCUGCUGGGAAGAAGGAAUCCGCGUCAAUGCCCUCUGUCCCGGAAUCGUGCGCACCGGUCUCGUGUCUGACGAAUUCUGGGAUACUUAUUUCGAGCCAGAGCAAUUCUGCCCUAUGGGGCUCAUGGUUAAAGUUACCCUUCUUCUCGUGGAUGGCAGCGAGAUUGUUGAUAGUAAGGGAAAGAAGGUCUCCGCUGGGGAGGUGUAUGGGCAGACGCUGGAGACUUCGGGGUCGAACUUUUAUCUGAGGGAGCAUUUGGAGCAUUGUGAUGAUAUUGCCAAGGGUGUUAUGGUUGGUAAUAAUGGAGCUGGUUAAUUCGAGUUUCAAGAGAUGAAUCAAAACGUCAUUAUUCCUGCCCAGUACAUAGAUUGGCGCAGGAUAUAUUGGUUUGCAAAGGAGCAGAUAAGAGACAAUCUGCUGAUUGUGACCUUUUUGUUAUAUGUCAUUCAACCAUAUAAUUAUGUUAAACGAGUCUGGUUACAUAUGCGUCCACAACCCCGGUGACGAUUCGUUAAAGACCACAUUCAUAUCAAUGCCUUCCUACG